GCAGGGCCGAGUGCGGUGCCAGUCCGGAGCGCUGUUGAGCAGAGAGCCUCAUUCAGCGCACUCUGCUGACAGGGAGCGGUCUGCCUUCUCACACGACCUGUGUGAAUCCGCACUUUGUUUGCUUUUUUUUUUUUUUUAAAAGAAGUGGAUCGAGGGCUUUCUCCAGAAGCAACAACCCCGCGGGAAAAGAAAAACAUCCAGGAUUUUUUUUUGUUUCUCUGCGACGGAAUGGGGAUGUAACCGGUUUCCACAUGCAUUUAGAAGAGGCGCGAGGUUUGCCUCCACACUGAGAAGAGCAAACUGCAGGGGCGUGUGGUUAAUUGAAAUCGAUCCAGUGGUCUCUUUUUGAAUGUGAAGCAGCAGCAGAGGUUCUUUCUCCUCUCCUCUCCCCUCCUCUCCUCUCCCCCUCCUCUCACCUCCAACAUGACUUCACUGUCGGGGACCAAGGAGAGGUCUGUGAGCAGCCGGAGCAGAAAAUAUGGGCAGAUGCCUGACACUUCCCCGACCAAAUCUGCCUCUGCCUUUUUCCCGGACACAUGGUACCGAAAGACCUAUGAUGAAAACACCCGUUCUGGCACACGGCCAGCUCCGGAGGGUGCCGGCUCCAUGCCGAGCUCCACAGGCACCCCGUCUCCAGGCUCAGGGAUCUCCUCACCAGGGUCCUUCUCUGGAUCACCGGGGACCAUCUCUCCAGGGAUUGGGACAGAAUCACCUGGUUCUCUGGGUGGCUCCCCGGGUUUUGGGACGGGAUCACCAGCCUCAGGCAGUGGAAGUUCCCCUGGCAGCGAGAGAGGGAUAUGGUGUGAGAACUGCAACGCAAGGCUGACUGAGCUGAAAAGACAAGCGCUGAAACUGCUCAUCCCUGGACCGUACUCCAGCAAGGAUCCCUCCUUUUCUCUCCUCCUUCAUGACAAGCUUCAGGUGCCCAACAGUUCUCGGCGGGCUUGGAACGAACGUGACAGUCGCUGUGAUGUCUGUGCCACUCACCUGACUCAGCUCAAACAGGAAGCUGUGCGCAUGGUCCUUAGCCUGGACCAGUGGGAUUUGUCUCCCCCUUCAUCCCCUCCAGCUCUCAUCGGACGAUAUGGAUCUCAAGGACCUCCGGGUCCAAUGGGGACAUCUGGAGCAUCAGGAGCUUCUGGUUCAAGGGAGUGGAUUCCUCCUUUUCUUCCUUCCUCCUCCUCCUCCUCCUCCUCAGCUGCUGCUGCUGCUGUUUCACACCCAUCCUCCCAGUCGCCUUCCCCAAGCCCCAGCCAGACCCCAACUCACAGCCUGAGCCACGGACCAUUGAACCCCAGCCAUGGGAGUCCCUCAGUGGGACAAACGUCCAGCUGUUCUCCCACAAACCCACAACAAGGCCCAGGGCACAGAUUGGGGUCCAAGCCUAGCACUCUGGGGCUUGGAGGUGCGGUGGACAGAAGGAAUGGGUCCCCCAGUUCGGGUAAAGCUGGUUCUCAACCACAGCCAGUGACUGGAGUAAGCAGCCCCAGUAACAAUAGUGGUACCAGCAGUAAUAACGGGAGUACAGCGGCUAUGCAGGCCCAUCAACAUCCGAACCGAACUAAUGGAGGGGUCACACUCUAUCCGUACCAGAUCUCCCAGAUGAUCUCUGAGGACUCCAGAGAAGGUUUGACUGAGGCCGCCUUGAACCGCUACAACACACACUCUCCUUCACACACAAACUCAACAUCGCACACAAGCUCUCCCUCUCACACUCCAGCUGUAACCACAAUGGCUCCAACUACCACUUCUGCUGCUGCCUCCUUCUUCGCCAGAGCUGCACAAAAGUUGAACUUAGCGUCAAAGAAGAAGAAGCAGAAGACCGCUGCAGUCACGGCCCCUGUGACAUCAUCCUCACCGUCAUGUGACCCCCCUCUGUUCCCCACCAAUUUUAGCUCUGCCCUGUUGAUGGCCCCUCCACCGGCUCCACCCUGCCUUCUCCGUGCAGCCAACAAGAUCAAAGAUACCCCUGGGCUCGGAAAGGUGAAAGUGAUGGUCCGUGUGUGCCCAGUGUCUCAGUCGGAUGCAGCUGAGUCCAGUUCCUUCCUUAAAGUGGAUCCCAGGAAGAAACAGAUCACCAUCAUGGACCCUGCAGCCAAUCAGACCCAGAGCGCUGCCUCCCAGAAAAAGGCAGCAGCCAAUCAGGUCCCUCCAAAGAUGUUCACUUUUGAUGCUGCGUUUCCUCCUGAUGCAUCACAGGCGGAGGUGUGUGCGGGAACGGUUGCCGAGGUGAUUCAGUCGGUGGUGAACGGAGCAGAUGGCUGUGUCUUCUGCUUUGGACACUCCAAGCUGGGUAAAUCCUACACCAUGAUUGGCCGUGAUGACUCUCUCCAGACUCUGGGUAUAAUCCCCUGUGCCAUCUCCUGGUUGUUUAAGCUCAUCAACGAAAGGAAGGAAAAAACAGGAGCACGCUUCUCUGUCCGUGUCUCUGCAGUCGAGGUGUGGGGCAAAGAAGAAAACCUUAAGGACUUGCUGUCUGAAGUAGCUACAGGUAGUCUACAGGAUGGACAGUCACCUGGAGUCUACCUGUGUGAGGACCCCAUCUGUGGCAUGCAGCUCCAGAACCAGUCUGAACUGCGUGCUCCAACCCCAGAGAAGGCAGCCUGGUUUCUGGAUGCAGCCAUAGCAGCUCGCCACAGCAGCCAACGCCCCAACACCACCGAAGAAGAACACAGGAACUCGCACAUGCUGUUUACAUUACACAUAUACCAGUAUCGCAUGGAAAAGACAGGCAAAGGAGGGAUGUCAGGGGGUCGUAGUCGCCUCCAUCUGCUGGACCUGGGCAGCUGUGAUGUCAAAGUCCUUGGAGGAGGAGGAGCAGGAGGAGGUGGGAAAAGCAGGGAAACUUCUUCACCCAGCUCUGCCCCUCUUUGCCUUUCUCUGUCUGCCCUCGGCAACGUCAUCUUGGCCCUGGUCAACGGGAGCAAGCACAUCCCAUACAAGGACAGCAAGCUGACCAUGUUGCUAAGGGAGUCGCUAGGCAACAUGAACUGCCGGACCACCAUGAUUGCUCACAUCUCUGCCUCACCCAGAGAUUUCUCAGAAACCCUUUCAACCAUCCAGAUUGCUUCCCGCGUCCUCCGCAUGAAAAAGAAGAAAACUAAAGUCACAGUGCAAUACACUUCCAGCUCCUCUGGAGGAGAGAGCUCCUGCGAGGAGGGCCGCAUGCGUCGUCCGACCCAUCUGCGGCCUUUCCAUCACCGUGGUGACACCGACUCUGACCUUCCGUUGCUGCGACUGUCCAGCGACCCUGACGAAUAUUCCAGCAGUGAGCAGUCAUGUGACACUGUCAUCUACGUAGGCCCUAAUGGGGCUGCGGUGUCAGAUAGGGAGCUAACGGACAAUGAGGGACCACCAGAAUUUGUCCCUAUUAUUCCCGCUUUGCUUCGAGGUAAAACGUCGGAGCAGAUCCAAACGCAGAAUCAGGCAGCUGGAGCCCAGAACAAGGUGCAGUCUCAGCCAGAGGACCAGCCCAGUGUUCCCUCUCAGGCCCUGCCUCAGCCCUCUCAGUCACUGCUGGGGCAGCCGCUGGCCCCCGUCCCAGAGGAAGGAGCCGAGUGCCUGAAGUGCAACACCUUUGCUGAACUGCAGGAGAGACUGGAUUGCAUUGAUGGCAGCGAGGAGGUGGCCAAGUUCCCUUUUGAAGAGGUUCCAGCAUGCAAACAAGGUGGCAAACAAGAACUAUGUCCAUCUUCAGCUGCCCCAGCCUCUCCUCCCUCUUCUCCUGGCUCUGCUGCUGUGCUGGAUGCAGAAACCAAAACAGGUGCAGUGCCGCCCUCCUCCCCCGCAGCAGCCUCCAAGAGAAGGACCAAUGACCAGCAACUGCAAGAGAUCAAGGAGGUUGUGGAGGAGGCAGAGCUAGCCCAGACCAUGAUCCACAGCCUGGCACAGGGCUCUGGUUCACCUAUAGUUACUAGCACCAGAAGUGUCACAGGAAGCAGCAUCAUCACCUCUAACCCCCUGCAAAGGGCCAAGAGCUCCCUGCAUGAAAGCCGUGAGAGUCUGAAUGUAGGCGGUAACGCUGAUGGGAAGGCACGCCCACUAGGUUCACCACGACUCGGCAUUGCCAGCCUGACUAAAACCUCAGACUACAGGCCUCCGUCCUCCCCAUCCCAGCGGUGUAAAGUGUACACCCAGAAGGGCGUGAUGCCGGCAACACCUCCUCUGUCCUCACACACUCUGGCUCAAGAUGGCCAAGCCACAGAAGCUCUUACCUCAGACAACAGUUUGGCUGCAGACAGCGGCCGAUCCUCCACAGAGUCCCUGCUGUCCCGGACUUCUCCGGUGGGCAUGAGCCCACAAGUCCGAGAGCCAACUCCGUCUCUGUCAGCCAGCCUGGGAUCAGCUGAGACACUGUGUGACGAUGACGUCCCACAGAUACCCCUGGACACACUCAGGGAUGCCUCAAGACCGGCUGUAUCUGUAGAAGCAGUUGGACCUCUCUCUCUUGCAGAGGGUGAACUGGUGUACACUGUUGCUCCUGGAGGUGAGGAGGACCUUGAUGUUACAGCUCUCAUGGAGACUCAGGGCCUGACCUGUCGUCCAACAAGCAUCAUCAGCUUCAAAAGUGACUGUUGCUCCAUCACUGCCCUCGCCUCGGGCUCUCAAUCGGUCUGUGUCAUCAGUGGUACUGCGGAGGAUGGAGCUGUGGAGGACUAUCACAUGCCUGCAGGUCCUGUAACAAACUCAACGGUUACGGACGUUGUUGCUAUGGCUGAGGUGGCCAUGGCCAAGUUGCGGAUAGAAGGUGAAGCCUUAGCCACAGGGAUGUCUAACUGUGGUUCACCCAUCUCCUCCUGGAUGAGUGAUCUGAGCAUGGGCAGUGAAGCUGACCAGUCUCUCCACAGCUUCAGUCAGUCCCAAAGCCAGCAAGGGGAGGCCCUGGCUGAUCCUGAACCCAACCAGAGCCUUCUGUUGGGAGCGGAGGGGCUGGGUGGUUAUGAAAGCUGUGGCAGCCCCAGAAGAGGCAGUCUGGAAGGAGAGGUGGUGCUGUCGGAGAAUAGCGGCAAUAAGGCAACUCCAACCAAAGACAGGCUGAGGAAACUGCCUCCCUCCAUGGCUAAAACUAACAUCCAGAUUCUGGCAGGACCUGGUAACCUCUCUCCCUUCAAAGCCACCAUCAGUGUGCACCCUUGUGUGGCUGUCAAACCCAUGGUUUUACAGGAACCAGCCAUUCUCUCUUCACCUACCAAGACCAGCUUAAUGAAAGACCCGGGCAAAUUUAAUGCACCACUUUUAGCUUCUAUUUCCAGUGAGAUGAGCUUUGAGGACCCCUGGCUGAAGCGUGGCAUGGAGGAGGGGAGGUCCAGGGAACUUGUGUUAGAAGUAAAGCCAGACCAACGGAGCUUCUGCAGGGAUGGUGGAGAUCAUGGGAGCUCUAGUUCAGGUGGCGAGGUUGUGUCGUCUCCAGACUCCUUUAAGAGAGUGGUGGACGGCUGUGAGAUGAUCGCUGUUGUUGCCCAGGGAGAAUGCCUGACUAGUAUCUACAGCCCAGAUAUCCACCGUACUGCCAGCCUUCCCCGCGGCUGGCACCGUCUCAACCGCCACGAUGGCUUGGACAAUGGAAUAGAGUAUCGUAAUCUUGGCGUCACCACCUCAACUCCCUGCAGCCCCCGUGCCACACUUGACCGCCGCGGAUCAACUGGUAAACAGGGCUUUUUCUCCCACAAGAAGGGGGGGGUCCCACCUCUGCCACCUGUACGCAAAUCCAGCCUCGACCAGCGGAACAGGGCAGCCAGUCCUCUCCACGGACCCAGCCAUGUAGCGCUAUUUAUGGGCAACUCAGCAGAUGAUGCAGGGACCAUCAGACAACGAGGCUCCAGCAUCGACAGCAGCAGACUUUUCAGCGCCAAGUUGGAACAGCUUGCAAACAGAACCAACUCUCUGGGUCGAGUUCACAGCUCCCACAGUGGAUCCCACCACUACGACUGCUUCUCUCUGGAGAGAGGGGGGAGUCUAAGAGGAGGAGGAGGAGGAGGAGGAGGAGGAGGAUUGAGGGGGGACAGUACCAUGCCUCGUACUGGGCGCAGCCUCACCCGGGCUGGAUCAGUCUCUUCUCCUACUGGAAACAGCGGCAGCCCUAGUGUGAGUACCAGUCCUGGUCCAAGCAGCGCUCCGCAGUCACCAGCCAAAACCAGCGGCCAGUCAAAGAUCUCUGCCGUCAGUAAGCUGCUGAUGACCAGCAGUCCCAAGACCAGGAGUCUGUCUGCAUCCAGCACCAAGACUCUAAGCUUCUCCACCAAGUCUUUGAGCCAGACUUCCAGCCGCAGCUCCAGCCUUCCUCCCAAUGGAAAGCCCCAGAGCUCAGUCCAGGGUCCUCUGCAGCAGCAGGGACCCUCCCCUGCAUCUUGGUCUACCCAGUCUUUAAGCCGCAGUCGAGGGGGAAGCCUAGCUGCCAAGCUGCCUCUCCGGGCUGUCAACGGUCGUAUCUCAGAGCUCCUUCAGGGAAGUGCAGGCUCCCGUUCCAGGAGUCAUGCCCAGGGAGGAGGCGCAGAGCCAGCAGAGGAAAGAGCAGCUGCAGGUGCAAGUGGAGCAGGAGCAGGAGCAGGAGCAGGAGCAGGAGCAGGAGCAGGAGCAGGAGCAGGAGCAGGAGCAGGAGGCGGUGGUGGCCUGGGAGAGGAGAGGGCACCAGUGGUCCAAACACUGCCCUCUCCCUACAGCAAGAUCACAGCUCCCAGAAAACCACAUCGCUGCAGCAGCGGCCAUGCUAGUGACAACAGCAGCGUACUGAGUGGUGAGCUCCCCCCGGCCAUGGGGAAGACAGCCUUGUUUUACCACAGUGGAGGCAGCAGCGGCUAUGAGAGCAUGCUGAGAGACAGCAGUGAGAACACUGGGAGCACCUCCUCCGCUCAGGACUCCCUCAGCGAGCACAGCUCAGCCACCACCUCCUCCAGACGCAGCUCCAAGAGCAGCAAGAAGAGCAGGAGCAACACAGGCCUCCAGCGUCGUCGUCUGAUCCCGGCACUGACCUUGGAUUCUUCCUCCUCCUCACCUUCUCACCGCUCCUCCAAACAGGCCAUCACCUCCUCCUCUUCCUCCUCCUCCAGCCCAGGUGCAUGCUGGGUGGAUGGCCCGCUGGGGCCACCAACUCCCUCAAACCUCCGGGGCGCCACUGCAACGACAGAAACCUUUGAGAUCAAGGUGUACGAGAUAGAUGACGUGGAGCGACUGCAGAAGAGGAGAGACAAAGGAGGGAGCAAGGAGGUGGUCUAUGUCAGCGCCAAGCUCCGUCUGUUGGAACAUCGUCAGCAGAGAAUCAGUGAAGUCAGAGCCAAGUACCAGUGUCUGAAGAAGGAGCUGGAACAAACCAAACAGCACCUGAUGCUGGAGCCGCACAAAUGGACCACAGAGUUUGAGCUACAGCAGGUCUAUGAAGUAGACUCACUGGAGUAUUUGGAAGCUCUGGAGACAGUGACGGACAAACUGGAGACCAGAGUCAACUUCUGCAAAGCCCACCUCAUGAUGAUCACCUGCUUCGACGUGUCCUCCAGACAUCGGUAGACAGAUGGAGAGCUGGCGGAGGAAGAAGAAGACACACAGCCGGACUCAAUUAGAUGUUGACAUUUGAACCCUUUUGCCCACUUUAAUUUAUCAAGACCUUAAGAGAAUAUCUCCUAAACAAAGACAUCUCGUCAGAGGACCGGAAGGUUGGAAGGAGGGAUACAGGGAUGGACUGACCACUCAAUCCUGCAUGUCACCCUCACGUCUCCUCCGGAUGUAAGUAGGCAGAAGAACAGAUGGACGGAAGGGUGGCGGGAUAAAAGGAAUGGAGAUAUAAAGAGAUUUUUAACAGGCCAAGAGACUGAUGAGAUGAUAGAUUUUUUUCUCAGUCUCAGAAAUCAACCUUGAACAGCAUCUUAUAAAUCGGCCGCUUUGACUCAGAUAAACAUGGCUGCUCAAAGAGGCCGACAGAUGCUUCUAAGUCUGAAAAAAAACAUCACACAUAACCAAGGGAACACAAUUUUCCAGAGAAGAGAAUAGCUGAGACACCUCUUAGACCGAGUCAAACAUUUAAGAAUGUAUGGAGAGGAAAGGAGUGAAGAGAGAAACAAAAACUGCCAUUUCUUUUUUAAAGAAAGUACGAUUAAAAAAGAGGUGCCGGAGAGGAGAAGAAGAAUUUCUCAUCUCCCAUCAUUUUAGAAGAGCACUUUGGAGUUAAAGCAGUUGAGAGCCAUUGGCUGUAAAUACAGAGUGCUGACUGCAGCAUGGCCUGGUAUUGUUGUGCAGUUAAUAAAAAGAGACUGACCAAGAGAAAGACAGGAGGACAAAGAAACAUGAUUAAGAUAAGUGCCUUGUGAACAUUUCAACAAUACCAAGACCCAUUCUCUUUCUCUCUGAAUUUGUGUUCAUGCAGUAAGUAUGGUGCUAGCAUAGAAAAAACAAAAACAAAAACAAAAAAAAGGUCAGUGUCCUUGGAAAAUCUUUGAAUUUAUAGCCAUUUUUGAAUGUGAUGUUUUUCUGUGGGUCAAUGUUUCACUAUAUCAUAAACAAACCAAUAGUGUACGUUUGUUUGAAUGGUCUUUGGUACACUGAUGAGAGAUAAGAAUACAUUUAAGCUGGAUUCCUAUUUUAAACAGUUUAAAACAGACCUACAGAAGAUUGACUAACACCAAGUCCUUUUUAAGACAACUUAAUGUUGCAGGGACCAAAAAUCCAAAUAGAAAAACACACAUGAUUUUUCUAGGACACAGAGUUAUGUGUUAGGAAAAUAAAUAGUUUCUUGUGCUGUUGUUUUUGACUUCCCCCACAAACAGAGCACAUAUGAAUUUUGACCCUCUGGGGCACACGUACAGUAUGUUUCCCUGAUACAGAUGUGAUGGCUUUUUCAUGUUCACAAAGCAAUGAAACGUGUGAGUCACACAGGAGUGGGAAUGAAAAUGUGUUUUUCUCUGAUCCAGUGUUAAGUACAUCUUCGAUCGACUCGGCUGACUGUCAGACUGACUGACUGUCUGUUGUUUGUAUCUGUGUUGUUCUGCUCUAUUCUAAAAGAAACUGAAUGAUUUGUUAAAUGUGUGUGUUUUAUAUUAAGGUAUCCUUUUUUAUUUGCGUGCAAUGGGACCAUGUAGAGACUAUGUAUGAUAGUAAGGGAAUAGAAACAGGUUGAAGAGAUAUGUAACUGUGAGGAAGACACAGGUACAGGAUAAGCCAAUUGAUAUACAGUGUUACUUUUUUAAAGGCCUCUAUUAUUGGAAAAAAGAAUGAAUUUAGAAUAGAAACACUUAUAUGGGACUACAAUGCAUGGCUAAAAAAUAGGCUAUUUAAGUAGUCCCCUCACUGUCUUUUAUUAAAAGCACAUGAAGGAACAAACAAAACAUAUAUAAAAGAAUGAAAGAGAACUAAAGAAAGAAAAGGAUGAUGACCAAAUUAAGAGGCAUAGAUCUCUGCCUGGUUCCAUUUGACCUUUUUUUGGAUAUGGAUAGCAACACUUAAGAUUUGUUAAUAUUAUCUAUGGUGCUUGAGAUGUUUAUGAUCUAAAUGUUUGUACAAAUAUAAAUAUAUGAAAAAGUCUGUUUCCCUCUGAAAUACAGAACAAUACCCUUUGAAUGCUUCUUCUCGCACCAUCAUCAUCACGUCUGUUCUUCGCCAUCCCUCUCCCUCGGAAUUUUGGGAGAUCCUGUUUGUAGUCUGAGAGGUAAAAACACGGUAAUGAUUGGUAUGAUUUGUCAAAAGCGUCCUAGUGCUAAAUUUAUCUUCAUCCUAAUAGAUCAAACUCAGUUCUGAUCUUUUUCACUCGACUGACACAGAAACAGGAAAUGACUAAAUGUUUUGAUCUUCUCACGGCUGUGUAAAAAGCCAACAGUCAUUAAUCUCAUGUGGUGUACACCUGCAGUGACAGCCACAUGAUAAUCUAUUGGGAAAUUACUCCUGAAACUGAGAUGCUUUUGACAAACUGGACCUAAGAAGUGUUUUUAGCUGGAGACAAGAGAGGCCUCUGAACGCUUCCUGUUUUUAUCUCCCAGGUCGCCGUGCCAAUCAUCAAUGAAGGUUUAUUUAUUUGAGCUCAGGAGAGAAGAGUCGCUUAUUAAUGUUCCUAUUUAUUUACACCUUAUGAUCUUUAAAGUUACUAUGCAUUUAAGAAAAAGAAAAAAAGAACUGUACAUACUUUGCUGAGCCCAUGUCAUAUAUAAAUAUAUAUACUGUACACAUAUAUAUGCUCAUUUUUAUUUCAUAUAUUUUCUGUUUGUUUUGUUUGCUCCUGUUGUUCCUGUUGGAGACUUUAAUGGGUUUUGGGCUUCCUAAAACAUUCACAUCCAGGGAAGUUAUAACAAAUAUCUGCAUAUAAAUGAAGAAGCUGUAGGCAACAGGACAAGAGUUUGGUAUUGGGAACAUUCUGGUUUCCAUUUGCAGUCCGAGUCGUAAUGACCAAUCAUGUUUGAGCAGGCUUUGAUUACAUGCAGGUAAACAGGCUGUGUGGAGAGGAAAUGAGAAACCCAUUGGCUAUCAAUAUUCUUUUUUUUCCCGUUCACAUCUACUUGUGAGAUGUUACAGUCGUGGACAUCAUCUCUUCUCUAAUCGGACUGUUAAUAAUGGCCGGCCCACAAAACAGGAAGUCUUGGCCAAAAUAUCCAAUAUCUAUUAUCAAGAUCUCUACUGGCAACACCAGAACCCCAGAAAUAUUGAGAAUCUGAAGACUACCUGGACUUGUGUAAUUAAUUUAAGCCAAACCAAAAUAGUUUCCUAAAUUUAACCAAGCAGCUUUGUCGCCUAAGCUAAACUGCGACCUUUCUAAGGUGUAUCAUGUUGCUGACGUGUCCUGUUGUGCUGUCCACCCACAGAUAAGUUCGAUCCACUGGAUAAAGACUUUUUGUAUAAACCUGCCACUGGGCGCCACAGGAAUGCGGAAGCAUGUUAGCAUUUUAGCACCUUAGUGUCUAACCUCUCAAACUCAAUGAGGAUGUUGAAUGGGUUUUUGGUUAGAUGCCUGAAAUAAGGUCUGUAGUGAACACAAGUUGAAGAGAUGUUUGUGUUUUGUUGUAUGACGCAAAAAAUAUGUUAGUAAAAAACCCCACUUGUGAAUUUUAGAGUUUUUAUGUGUCCUUAAAAAGGCAGUAGUGGCUAAGUGAGACUACGGUGGAUGUCGGUGUUAAAUGUCAUCACACUGGACACGGACGGGAACUCUCACUAGUCUGCCUCACAGCCUCUAGUUGUGUUUUUCAGUGCUCUUGCAAACUCUUGUAGAUUGUAGAUCAGGUUAAUAAACAAUCUAUUAGUCUGCGGAUUCGCUAGCUUUGUCAAAAUCGCUUGUUAGCUCGUCGGAGAGCAUCUGAAGCAAUACGGCUGUGACGUAGAAGUCAUGUGACCGUGGUGUGGUUCACGAUAGCAUUACGUUAUUCAUUAUUUUUUUCUUCUGCCAGGUGCAUUAACACUUGAAACAUAAUAAAAGUGGUGUUCAUUUGUUAAGAUUAUCCUGUUAAACAAAACGUGUUCAAGCAUCAGAAACGUGUGUUUGACCUUAUUUCUGCAAUGAUCCAAAAUCCAAUGCAAAAAUCCAAUAGACGAAUUCUCAAUAGAUCCCGUGGAGAUGCUAUUUCUGGUUUGUCCUACAAAAAUAUGUCAUUAUAAACACCGCCCAAUACGACUGUGAUUGGUUUAGCGGAAUACAAACUAAGCAGAACAUCUGGCUUGGAGACUGUGUAGCUCCAGACCAACAUAAACAUGAUGGCUCAUUUUUACAUUUGAAGAAGUGUUGCGUCUACAUUGUUAUCUUCAGCCUUGUGUAAUAAGCAGUGGAUGUUUUAGGAACCCUAACCUCUGGAUGAGCUAAAUGGCCUGUAUUUGUUUCCAGAUUUAAGAAGCUAUGUGUGAGGUUUCCUCCUAGAUGUCUCACUGCCAAAUGUGGUAGCUCCUUAUAAUUCUAGCAAUAAUUGUGAGAAACGCCUGAGGUUUCUGUGGCCGCAUAUUGUUUAUAGCUAACAUAAUAUUCCACAUAAACCUUUCAAAUUUAAGGGUUUCUUUGUCAUCAGAGGCAAUUGUGCUAAAAGGGAAGCACUAAUUGUCAGGUGCUUCAAAUAAAAUUGUUCAUAAAAUGCCAUCUGUUAUACGAGUAUGAGGGCAAAAACAAACAGUCUAAUGGAUAAAUUGAUGAAUGUGCUGUUGUGUUUUGUUGGAGCGUUCAAGAAUUAUAAUGUGUUAUCUGGAAAUCUGACACAUAGCAGCUGUAAGUUCUUAAGCAGUAUUGUGUGUUAAAGUCUGGGUCAGACCACAUUUUAUCAAUAACAGUGAGAGUACCUUAGUUCUGAUCAGUUGUAAGACAGUGGAUUGGGAAAUCUCUACAUAACUAAUUAAAACCAGUUCUGUAACUUUAAAGUGCCAAUCUGUUAGAAUGAGUUACUUCCUGUGAGAAUUACCCAGCGUUACCACACAUGCUCAUUGCAAACUGCUGAAUGUCAAGUGUGAGAUUUUCACCGUGUCUUUCCCAUGAUUGGACUGUAAGCGUGUCCUCUGCAGAUUUACUGUUUUUGAGAAAUGUGGUCUGACAUAUUUUGUUGAUGGAAGAGCAAGAUGGAGGGAUGUAAAUAAAGAAAUGUAUUGAAAAAGA